AUGGCAGAAGCCUUGUGGGACUUUGAAGACAAGCUCAAGCUUUCAACCCAAGGGGCUCUUCUUAUACUAGCCUCUGCAUGUUUUUCACUUGCUGCAGUCUGCACAUUUGUUGUGCUCAAAAGGAAGGCAAGGAAGAACAGAAUUGCACACCAAGAAGGUGACAUUGGUGACGGUGAGGCUGAAACUAGCACUACAGAAUGCUCAGGCUCAGGCUCAGAGCCGGGGUGCAGCUGGAUCUCGGUGAAAAAUGUGCUAAUGGGGUCAGUUAGAUGGAGCCGGGCAUGCAAGUGGAAGGAGAAUGUGGGGAGCCAGAGGAAGCUGCUUGGAUUAGAAAGGAAUGGUGUUGAAAUUGGAAGGCAGAGUCAUAACUCAGUGUCUGCAGUGUGGCAAAGGCCUAUACUGAGGGGGGAGAAGUGUGAGCUACCAAGGUUUAGUGGCCUUAUUCUCUAUGAUGAAAAGGGAAGAUUGCUUAGGCAUUCUGAGGAGGAAACUAACUACAAUGGAAGUUUGAAUCAGGAUAAAGCAAUUGGCUCUAUGAGAACUACUCUAAGAGAUCUACUAUCUUCUUAAUUCCUGCUCCAUGUAAGUUGUAAA